GCGCACUCCCUUUUGUGGAGCAAGUAGGCGUGCACGAGCCUGAGGUGCUCACAGCUGUGCUUGGCUCCAAAGUGGAGACUACGCGCAAGACCAACAAGGACACAACAAACAAAACACACCACAGCAACAAAGCAGCCUUUUCCUCAACGACUUUCCUUCGUGAAGCUUCCCUUUCUGCUGGCGGCGCCCCUUUGCUCUUGAGCCUGUGGUAUGAGCCUAUGUGGCAGGAAGGCGCUGACGUUGCUGAGCAGCGUGUUCGCUGUUUGCGGCCUGGGCCUGUUGGGCAUCGCCGUAAGCACCGACUACUGGCUUUACCUGGAGGAAGGCGUCAUCCUUCCACUCAACCAGAGCACCGAGAUACGCAUGUCCCUGCACUCUGGCCUGUGGAGGGUUUGUUUCCUGGCUGGGGAGGAGAAAGGUCGCUGUUUUACCAUUGAAUAUGUGAUGCCCACUAAAGUCCAGUUGACUUCGGAGUCCACUGUUAGUGUGUUGAAGAUGAUCCGUUCUGCCACACCUUUCCCACUAGUCAGCCUCUUCUUCAUGUUCAUCGGUUUUGUCCUGAGCAACAUUGGCCACAUUCGACCACAUCGCACCAUCCUAGCCUUUAUUUCAGGAAUCUUUUUCAUCUUAUCAGGUCUGUCUCUGGUCGUUGGUCUGGUGUUGUACAUCUCAAAUAUCAAUGAUGAAAUGUUGAAUAGGACCAAAAGCAAUGAGGCCUACUUCAGCUACAAGUAUGGAUGGUCGUUUGCUUUUGCCGCGAUCUCCUUCCUCCUCACUGAGACAGCCGGCGUGAUGUCGGUGUACCUGUUCAUGAAGCGCUACACGGCGGAGGACAUGUACCGACCCCACCAGGGCUUCUACCGGCCUCGCCUCAGCAACUGCUCAGACUACUCGGGCCAGUUCCUCCAUCCGGACGCAUGGGCCGGACGCGGCCGCAGCCCCUCGUCCAUCUCCUCCGAGGCUUCCCUGCAGAUGAACUCCUCCAACUACCCAGCCCUCCUCAAGUGUCCUGAAUAUGAACAGAUGUCCUCAUCGCCUUGCUGAAGCAAAGAACCACCAAAGGUUAUUACAGCAGCGGCCAAGUUGUAAUACUGUGCUCUGUACAGUCAUAGAAUGUCAUGACAUUCAAUACGAGAGCUGUGUAUGGGAAUUCAUGACAAAAUACCAGAUGGCGUCUAGAGGGAUGCCUUGCGGUUACCUGGCACCAUGGUUUUGUCUAGAACUGCACUUUGCAGUGGUGUAAAACUGAACUGCAUCAUAAUGAGAAGCGUUAGAAUUUUUUUCCCCCUGUUAUCCAUUUCUUAAUCCAUAGUGUCUGUCAUCAUCAAGGUCACAGAUGAUCAUUUCAUACACAAAGGUGACUCAAUGUACCUCACAUAAAAUCCAAAGUACAGCAUUUAAAUCAGAGAAGUAAAUACAUUUAAAAGUAUGGAAAUAAAAGUAUGUUGACUGAAAUUACAAACAAAUCACAGUAACAAAUGUUGCAGUAAAAUACUGCUACGAAAAAGCUAUUCUAAACAAACAAGGGAAUCUUGCCAUAUGUAAGACAUACAAAAAGGAAAAUAUGCAUCAAUUCAAAUUGUAGAUAUGAUAUUUUUGUAACUGAUACCCUUCUGAUGACAAAAUAGUCCUGUUCAGAAUAUUCCCAAAAGACCUGUGCCAAGGAACUCUUGAAUACAAACAUUUCAUGCAGCUUUAAGCGAGUAAACAUAUUAUUGAGAAACAUUUUGUCUUGUGCAAUUAUUUUUACUUUAGUUCACUGCGAUAAUGAUAGCUGCUCAUAUUUACUGUUGUAUCGUGUCAACUCUUAUUAUUAAAAGUAUCCAGCAUUUUCUGCAGUACAUGUAAACUUGUUCAUUCAGUAUUUGUCUAACAGGAUACAAGAUCUAAACGAACACAAGAGUAUCCGUCGCAAGCAUCUUUGUAUAUAGAUCAUUGUGAUUAUAUUCCAAACGUGUGUAAAUAUGAAAUUAUUGAUGUAUAUAGACUAAGAUUUGUAUAAAGGAGAGUUUAAAUAUACAUUUAUGGAUGUUCUGUUCUUUGAUCGAUAGCCAACGUGAACAUUAAUUGUUACAAUAUGACGUUAAUUGUGACUCUAUACUCAGUGAAAUAAAGGGAUUUGCAAAACAA